CAUUGAGCACAAACCAAAUGACAAAAAUAUAGUUUGCCUAGUUAUUGUAGUCACUUAUGAUAAAAUGCAGUAAUUAACACAUAUUUCGUUAUAUUUGACACAACACCCAUUUUGUUUGGAUAUGGCAACACAAUUGUUCAAGCUAUAAGCUGCACGGUGCACUUUUAAGUUCCCGCCCGUGUAGGCUCCCUUACGGCAAGAUGCCUUCCUAUACUAACGGUGGAAAUGGGGUUAUGGACACAUUUCUGUUUACGUCCGAAUCUGUUGGUGAAGGACAUCCUGAUAAAGUUUGUGAUCAAAUAAGUGAUGCCAUAUUAGAUGAGUUUUUGCGACAGGAUCCUGAAGCCAAAGUUGCAUGUGAAUCAUUUGCUAAAAGUGACCUUAUUCUCGUGGGUGGGGAGAUUUCAUCGAAUGCUGUUGUUGACAUUGAGAACACCGUCCGUAAUGUGGUGAAACACAUUGGCUACGAUGAUAUUCGCAAGGGAUUGGAUUAUAAAUCCUGCAAUAUUAUGAAGGCAAUUGAACAACAAAGUCCAGACAUUGCGAAAGGCGUAUAUGAAGGAAGACGUACUGAAGACAUUGGUGCUGGAGAUCAGGGUUUGAUGUUCGGCUAUGCAACCGACGAAACAGAAGAAUGUAUGCCACUGACAGUCACCCUUUCACAUGCACUAAAUAAACGUUUGGCUACUUGUAGACGUGAUGGAACGCUGCCAUGGGCUGGUCCUGAUUCGAAAACCCAGGUGACCGUAGAGUAUAUGGAUGAUCAUGGUGCUUGUAGGCCUUUACGAGUACACACUGUAGUCAUUUCAACGCAACAUGACGAAAGUGUGACUCUAGAAAAAGUCCGUUCCGACUUAAUGAAAUUCGUUAUCAAAGAAGUAAUACCAGCCAAUUUUUUGGAUGAAAAAACUAAAUAUCAUCUGAAUCCAGCCGGAAGAUUUGUAAUUGGUGGACCACAAAGUGAUGCUGGUCUGACAGGCCGAAAAAUUAUUGUCGAUACAUAUGGUGGAUGGGGUGCACAUGGCGGUGGAGCAUUUUCUGGAAAGGAUUAUUCCAAAGUGGAUCGAUCUGCAGCUUAUGCAGCACGUUGGGUGGCUAAAUCGCUUGUAAAGGCUGGUCUUUGUCGGCGUGUUCUGGUUCAGCUUUCCUAUGCAAUUGGUAUUGCAGAACCACUAGCUAUUAAUGUGAACAGUUAUGGGACUGGCAAGGUCAGCGAUAAACAGCUGCUGAAUAUUAUUGAAAAGAAUUUUGAUUUACGUCCUGGUGUGAUUGUCAAGGAUUUAGACCUUAGAACACCACGUUACCUACAAACAGCAGUUUAUGGUCACUUUGGUCGACCGGAAUUCCCAUGGGAACAAUGUAAGAAAUUAACUUUAUAGCCUACACGAAGGGAGCUUUCAACCGUCGCAUUUUCUUGACAAAUUUAUACAUGCACAUAUAUAUAAUGGAAAAAUAAAAAUUUUUUAUUUGAAUGUGUGUUU